CUGGAACUCUGCUUCUCACCUCUGUACCUGCCUGUCCUUUGGAUGACUGCUGGCUCAGCACAGUUUUUGUGAGGGCACUGGGGAGGAUCCAAAGGCAUCUGAGGAGCUGUUGGUGCUGCUCAGCUUUGUGCGAGGGGUGCUUUCUCAGAGGCUCUCCAGACAUUAUCAAAAAGGGAAAUGGACUUGGAGGUCAUUGUGCCAAUUGACCUCGGUUCUGGAGAUCAUCAGCACCUGGUUCGGAAAGCAGUUGAUAAUGAUGUGCCCCCGUCCGGUCGGCCCCCCACGCCUUCACCCGCGGAGAGGUCAAAGGAAACUGGAGGAAAGCCAAAGCCAAAGGCUGACAAGAAAUCAAAUGUCUACGUGAUAGAAAUCUCAGACGAUCCACCCCCAGAUGAAAACAAUGGAAGUACGCCUGGUCCAUUCUCAGACAGAUCUAUCCGCCACGCUUUCAUUGCGAAAGUAUUCUUCCUCCUGUCGGCUCAGCUGUUAAUUACUGCCAUAAUCACUGGCACAUUUGUUUUCUGGAAAGAUUUGAGAGUCUGGGUGGUUACACAUCCCUGGUUCAUCUACUCACUCUUUCCAGCAUUCUUUAUUGUAUUCAUUAUACUUGCUUGCUGUGGGAAUAUCCGCCGAGAGGUGCCGGCAAAUUACAUUCUUCUUGGAUUGUUUACGAUUCUUCAAGGUCUGCUGCUAGGAACUGUAUCAGUUUUCUAUAGAGCUGAGGAAGUGUUGUGGGCAACAGCAGCAACCACCUUGGUGACCACAGCGCUCACUAUAUUUGCUCUACAAACAAAAUGGGAUUUUACUUGGCUAAAUGGAAUGCUGUGUGUUUCCCUCUGUGUAUUAAUGAUCUACGGAAUCCUGGUGAUCUUUGUACGAUCAUAUUGGCUGCACCUGUUGUACGCUGCACUUGGAACCCUGCUGUUCUCCCUGUACCUGGUGAUGGACGUGCAGCUCAUAGUAGGAGGCCGCCAUUCUGAAAUAGACCCUGAAGAGUAUGUUUUUGCUGCCCUGGAAAUCUACUUGGACAUCAUCAACCUUUUCCUUUUUAUUCUGCAACUGAUCGAAAUGGGACGGUAGUUGUAUGAUCAAUGUCGGUUUAUGCUGAAAACAGAAGAAAAGGCCCUUGUGAACUGUCCCCUGGCUCAGACCUGAACUUCAUAAGCCCCUCUCCCCCUUUUUAGAAAGAAAUGUAAGAGCACUUUUUCUUUCUUUUCAAAAGAAACUAAGCAUUCAGUAGAUGAUAGGUGUUGUUGUUUUGCUUUUGAUUCCAUUGUCACAUACCAAAACUUGCUGAAAAUAUUUUUAAUUUUAUAAAU